UUCUUCACUUUAAAAAUAUUUCUGCUUCGACUAGUGCUUUUUAAAAACAUAGAUGUGUCGCUGUCCCAGGAGACUCCUGUCAAAAGCACCCAAUUAUGAACAAAUUUAAGUAUUUAUUCACUUAAUAUUUGCCAUGAGUCCCCAAUCAAAGUAACACAGAGUAUUCAUGUGACCUAGGAGCACUCUGACAGUCAUUUUAAAGAAAAAAGACUCAGAGGGCAUGCAUUCAUCAUCUGGUUUAAAGUUAUAGACUGGAGAUUAUCAGAAUAUUGGAGAUGUUGGUCUGUUGUACCUGAGAGAGAGCUGGGGCAUACUCUGGUCAUGCCACACAUGAACAGGAGAGCUGAUCCUGCUGCACUACGAGCCCCAAUCUGGGCAGCCUUCAUGCUUUUGGCUGUAAGGAUUACACCAUCUGCUGGUGUGACUGUCCAAAGCUCACCUGAAAAAAGGUGUUACCCCUGGUCGGGUCCAUGCCUGCUAAAUAUGCAGGUGACGUGAGGGUUACGCCUGGCGAACUAAAAUCAUACUUAAACAAAACCCAGAUUGUUGAGCCAAGAUAUGCAGUUUUGUAAUAAUGAUAAUAAUAAUGAUAAUGAUAAUGAUGAUGAUGAUGAUGAUAAUAAUAAUAAUAAUAAUAACAACAAUAAUAAUAAUAAUCAUAGUUCUUGCGGAUUUCACUGGGUUGGAAACAUGCUCAGAGGCUGGAAAGCUUUCAGCCUGUGCACAGCCAUGGAGGCGCUCAAUCCAAGCCACAUAAGAGCAGUCUGACCGAUUUACACAUCGCGUGCGAGCCAACCGCUUCUCGUGACAGCGGGACAGAUGCUUCUCAGGCAAAUGCUGCCUUCACUGCAGGAAGUCUAAGCGAAGCUGCACUGCGCAUGCUAUCGCACUUCUCUGACGACCGGAGGAUGAAUUAUCCCCUGCUGUAAAACGCUCUGAGGAGAGAGGUGAUGGCGGGUGCUCAGGUCACCGUGUCUUCAGGGGAGCUCAUGACUGCGAGGGAAGAGGAGGGAGAGUACAGCGGCACUGAGCAAAAAUCUCAAGUCCUCCUGCACCUGCAGCCAGUCCUGCAUGGGAUGAAUGAUGACAUUGCCGACACUGGCACUACAGUCCUGGCCAUAGAGACGCAUCAUGAUGACAGUAAAGCAGAUGGAGAUGAGGUCGAGUAUGGCUACCCCAUCACUUGCGGGGACAGCAGGGCGGUGCUGCUGUUUAAGAAGUUUGUGUGCCCCGGAAUCAACGUCAGAUGCGUCAAAUUCAAUGACGAGCUCAUCAGUCCUAAGCAGUUUGUGCAUCUGGCAGGGAAAGCUACUCUAAAGGACUGGAAAAGAGCCAUCAGGCUGGGAGGAGUAAUGCUCAGGAAAAUGAUGGACUCCGGCCAGAUAGAUUUCUACCAGCAUGACACCCUGUGCAGCAACACCUGCCACAGCACUAAAUUUGAUGUGCUGAUCAACAGAACGCGGCUUCCUCCUGGGAACUCGGUGCAGCCGAGCCUGUCGUGUCUGGCUCUUGACCCUGUUGGAGGGCAGGUGUCUCCCGUGACAGAAGAAGCACAUAAGGGGGCAGAGGUGGAGGAGAGUUUGCAGGAUAGGAUUAGUGGAGCAGCAGAGUGGAGCAACGGUCCACGGAGGCUUCUAAACCCUGUAACAGCCAAUGGACAUGCUACCAAACGAAAGAUGGCUGACGUACCUGACGGGGUGUUGACUUUGUGGAAGGGUGUGGCAGACUGCGGGAUGAUGGGGGAGGUCCUAUCCAGCCUCCAGAAUGAACUGUUCAGCACUUUUAAGCGGGUGGAGCUUCACAGUGAAAACGGAAACCUGCAGGAAACAGAUGUCAUGCUGCUUAAUUCCUUGUGCGAGAUGUUUGGGCUUUUGGAUUCGGUGAAACAAGCCACGGACCUGAGGCGCAGCCAGACUGAAAAGAAAAAGAUCCAUAACAGUGUUUAUGACUUUGAUGAGCUCUCGGAGGACAAGGGGAAGCAGAGCUGUGAUAAAGGGACAUCUAAAAAAGCCUCAUCACUAAAACACCCUCGAACUCAGCGUAAAAGCCAGACGAGCAGCCAUCCCCAGAACUCGCUGCCCUCUGUCAAAUCAGCCACAGCGAUCCAGCCUCAUUCUAUCACAGGUUUAUGUGCUGCAUCUUACCCUCAUCUCACAAUAAACCCUCAGCUCUUUGCCCAUUUCUCUGCCUACACCAGCCAGCGUUGUCAUGCUGGAACUGGCAGGACAGACAGGGAUGUCCACAGUGCCACGCUGGAGGGGGACCGAGAGAUCAGUGAGGCAGACGACCAGGAGAAGUUUCACGGACUGGGACGGGAAGGCAACAAGAGAAAAGACACCUCAGGGAUCCACAAAGAACCUGGACGAGGGAGUGUAAAGUUUUGGGAGGGAUCUCAUGUUAGAAGGGAGGAGGACGAGGCGACAGAAGGCUUGCAUGACAUUGAAAAGGUGAUUAUGGGGAGAAAGGCAUCAAAGAAACAUAAAAGUAAGUGAGGCAGACGACCCCAGAGGGAUUCUGUGGGACUAAUUGAGGGAAUGUGCCGGGAACUGAAAGAAGACACGGAGCGGGGGAAACAAUUAAAAACAAUAUGACUUUGUCAAACUCUACUUUUACCACAGUGAUCAUAUGCAGUACAGACAGCGGUUAGUGGGGUUGUGUUCUCACACAGACACUUUUUUAAAUGGAAAUGCUGGAUUUUACAGCAUCAGAGGCAAUACAACUGAAAUGACUCGUCGAUUAAGUGACCGACUGCCCAAAACCAUUGUUCGAGUCAUUAUGGGUGUCAUAAUAUGCCCUAUUUUGCAAUACGAAGAUGCAACUCUACGGGGAUUUUUUCUUUUUUUUUUACUGCUUUUUGAGAUUUUUUAUGACACCAGCACUUAACAGAGAAAAUAACUGACAUUUCAGGUGACAAUGAAAGUGUGCUGGUCUGGUUGUUGUGUAGUAUUAUCACCCACAUAGUAUCAUUGUUUCCAAUCCUUUACAAGUCUGCUGUCUUUGAUGACACUCUCUUCUUCUAGCUGAACACUGUCACCAAUUAAUGAUAGAUUUUUUUUUAGCUACUUGUAAAAUACUUAUUUUAUUACUUGUGUUUUGCGAUUUAUAUCUUUUAAUUUUGUGAAAUAUUUCUCACUCAGGCUGUGAUUAGGAUUUGACCACCUGCAGACACUUCCUGCCUGAAGAUGUAUGGCUCCUAGUUUCUAAUCACUCCCUUUAGACGGGAACUGGGUAACUAUCCCCUUGCUAGUUAAAAAUAAGAAGGGAAAAAUAGCCAUCAAAAUGACCUUGAGUGAUAAUGAAUGCAUUUUGAAUAAAAACCUUCGCAUUUUGAAUUCUU